UAGUUGCUCAACAGGAAAUAAAAAGUUUAACAUUAACAGUACAAUGUUGGUACAAUGUUCAAGUUUGAACUUUGAAGUUAAAAAUACGAAAACAAGAGACUAGAUUUAGAUAAUUUUUAUUUUUCUGUCAUAAAUAAGGUUGUGGUUAUGAUACAAAUAAAAAUUAAUAAUUUACUAUGAAUACGAUAAUUACUUAAAAAAUUUAUAACAUAAUGGAUUACGAAAGAGAGGAUGGAGAAAUGAGUGAUGGCAGUGACAUAGUUAUGGACGAGGAGGAAAAAAAAAUUGUGUCGGUCAGUCCGAAAGAUACACUGCUGUUCAAGGUUGAUAAAAUUGGGCCUACGGUUAAACAUCUUAGUGGUAUUGACGCUACAAAACUCGAAGAACGAGCUAAACGAUUUGGUUUAAAUUUGUCUGGAAAUAGAAAUGUUACACAAAAGCAAAUUGAUGAGUUGUAUACAAAUUUUGAAAUAGAAGGAAAUGAAAGACACUUUAGACUUGAUGCUCUACAUUUGACUGGUGUUGAUGGCCUCAAUACAAAGGAUAUAUUCGAAUAUUUAGAAGAUUUUAAACCAGUCUCUCUUGAAUGGGUGAAUGAUACAUCAUGUAAUAUUGUCUGUCAAGAUAACAUAGCAGCAGCACUGGCAAUGUUGCUCCAUACAAGAGAAAUCAAAGAUGAAGACUUAAUAGAAAUGCUACAGGACAGAUCCAAAUACCACUGGAGAGAAGGUAUGCCCCAUCCUAAAAAAGAUGUGAUUUUAAUAAGAUUUGCAACAAAUGCUGAUAAACAAAUGUCAAGAAAAAGAAGUGAACCAAAAAAUGCACAAACAGGUAUAGAUGAUAGUAUAGGGAAAAAUCCAUGGGGUGACCUGUGCAAAUCUUGGGGAGUUUAUGAUCAUCAAGAGAUAUUUCACCGUAGGUUAGCUGAAGAUAAUGAUGACAAUAAUAUCAAAUCUAGAAUCAUUUUAAAGCCACGUAACAAAAAGCUAGCAAUGCGGUUGGGAAAAAGAACUCUUAAAGCAGAUGUGUCUGAUGAUUCUGACAGUAACUCAGAUAUUGAAUGGAAUAAGAAGUCAAAAGCACCAAGGAUGCGGAUGAGAGCUGAUGAUGAAGAAAUCAAAUUGAAUAAAAAACCAAAUACAAAUAUAAACUAUUCAUCUUCAGACGAAGGACAAUUAGCACCGUUAUCUGUUGAAGUUAUUAAUUCUAAAAGUUCUUUUACUCCAAGAGAGCACAGAGUACUAUCAGAAAAAUUUAAAUAUAGUGGAAAUAGCGGUCACAGUAGGAUGCAAUCACGGCUUGGUGCAAAAAUAAUAGCUGAUGAAGAUCUGGAAUCCAGAGACAGUAGCUCAGAUGGUUCUGGUAAAAAUACAAUGAGCAGAGUCCACAAAAUUACCAGUAGUUGUAAUAAAAGCACUGCCAAUGUUUGGUCUAGACUUGCUAGCAAGACCGGUGAAUCAAGUAAUCAUAAUGAUUUAAGACAAAUUUUAAAGACCAGAAAACAUACGUCGGAGGAUUUGCGGAGACGGCUCAGUAAAAUCAGACCAAAUAUACACAUUGAAUUAGACAAUAAAUAUACAAGUGAUUAAAUCAAUUCAACCAUUUUA